AUGCCUUUCAAUCCAACCUACGAGUCUGUUUACACAGAGGGUUGCAACUUGCAUUAUUGGUAUCAAGGAAGUGGACCGCUACUUGUCUUUAUUCCCGGAGGAGGGGGUAUCGGGCGCCAGUUCAACCCUUUAUUCGAAUAUAUGGACAAGGAGUUCACCGUCUGCACGUUCGACCGACGCCAGACCAAUGCUAGUCAAGUUCCAGAUCCAAAACAGCUGAACCCUGCCCAACAAGCUCGUGAUGUAAUUGCCAUAUGCAAGGCCCUAGGUCGAGAGAAGCUUUGCAUCUUUGGAAAUAGCGGUGGAGGAAUUAUCGCUCUUCAAUUUGCUGUCAGCUAUCCGGAAUACCUCGAUCGUGUUAUGGUUCAUGAAGCACCCACCACCGCCCUUCUCGACGAUUCUACAUAUCACCUCGACCGAGCCUUCAUGAUUCUGGAUACCUAUCAGAAAUCAGGAUCUGAAGCUGCUUUUGCGGCCUUUUUCACGGAGCUUAAGGGCUUCGAUGAUGGGCCCUCGGGCGAAAGGCCAGACCUCGAGGACCUGAAGAACUUUUGGGAGAACGAAUUCAUGCAGUUUACUAUCUACUGCCCGGAUAUCAAAAAGAUUGUGGAAAAUCGAGUUUCAAUCGCUACUGCGGCGGGCUGGAAGAGCGAGGAUGCGUUUUAUGCCCGGACCACAAUUCAUCAGGAUCUUGAAGUGUCCGCGCUUCAUGUUCCCGGGCCACCAUAA